ACCUCAUGGGCAGGCUGGCCUUGGAAGGCAAUAUGGGCAGCAUCAGCAGAGGAGACCACAUCUUCAGACCCUCCAAGUGUCCCUAUUUUCUAGGGACAGUCCUGGAUUUACAGAUGCCACCCCAGUUUCUGAUUUGAUCCCAGAAUGCCCUGCUUUUCCUUAAAACAUCCCUAUUUUCAUCGGAGAACUGUUGGAGAGUAUGGAGGAACCUCUCUCUCAAGAUUUGCAAAAGCUGAAAACAAACCUGCCUUAGUUCUGCCCCCGCCCCUUUCGCUGGUAAGAGAAAAAGUUGCCGCGGAUGAUAAACUCAACUCCAACGCCAACAACCAUCCAAUAAUCACCGUAUCCACAAGAGCCAAUAGCAAGCCGGCUUCCACACAUUUUCGCCCGCCCUCUUUCCAAUGCACGCCCUCUCUGCCUCUGACGUCACUUUUCACCGAAGACCGCAAUAGCAACUUGGCGUCGUUGCUGAACCGUCCCUGUCUUGCGUAACAGGUACGCUGAGCUGCCAAUCAGCGACGAAGAGCCAAUGGAGUUGUUCUUUCUGAAGGCGGGAGCAGGCGAGAGGGAGCUUACAGCUGCUUGCAAUGACGGAUGACUUUGGACUCGGGCUUUGCAAAAUGGCUGCUGAUGACGACAAACGAGGAAGAAUAAGUGUGAAAGAUAAAGCUAUACAGAAUUUAAAGAAGUUUGAUGUUGGAGACAGAUUUUCCCAUAUAACACUUCCAAAAGCCUCUGUUCUUAUUCCGCUGAUUGUUAAAGAUGGAAAGCUGUGGGUUCUUUUCACUGUCAGAUCAAUGAAGCUGAGAAGAUCCCCAGGAGAAGUGUGUUUUCCAGGAGGUAGAAGUGACCCAGCAGACAGAGAUGAAAUAGCAACAGCUCUCCGCGAAGCCAAGGAAGAAGUGGGGCUCCAAGCUGAACAAGCUGAAGUCAUCUGUAGGCUUCUACCUGUAAUAGAUAAAACUCGUUCUUUGGUAACUCCAGUUGUCGCCUUCAUAGAGGAUACAUUCCAAGCCCAUCUUAAUCCAGAAGAAGUCAGUGAUGUGUUUUCAGUACCAUUGGAGUAUUUUAUUAGGCCUUUAAAGUACACAGGCAUUCCCAAAAAGAUGGGCAAUGUCGCUUAUUUAUUGCAUUCUUUUGAAUAUGAUGACUCGGAGCACAAUACUUCAUUUCGAAUAUGGGGACUCACAGCACACUUUGUGGUAUUCCUUGCUCUUGCAAUUUUUAGGGAAAAACCAACAUUUGAAGUUCCGUAUGAUCUUGAUAACUGGAAUUCUUCAGCUGAGAACUUUUUCAUAGAGUUUUUCAAUAUGGCAAAAAGCAAACUUUGAUGUAUGGAAUUGGUUCUCCUGCUUAUAAGUUCGGCACACAAGUUGCUUCAAAUAUAUUCCCUUAAAUUAUAUCUGUAAAUUAUAUUGAAGUAUGCUAUUUUAUGGGUCCAGUAUUGAGUAAAAAUAUAUUGAUAUAGGAUUAUAUGAAAUAAAAUACAGAAAUAAAAUGAUCAGUAUUUAUUUCAUAAAAUUUAUACACUGCUUGAUUGUAAGAAUAAAAACCCACGUCAAAGCAGUUUAUGAAAAGAUAAAACAAGAAAAUUAAUUUUAAAAAAAACAGUCAUACUUUAGAACAUACAAAUGUUAAAAUUACCUCAAUUUUUUCAGCAUCUGGAUCUAAACAAGAAAGUUGUGUCACAUACUCCAUUGGUCUACUCUGUGUCAUAAGGAACAAAAAUUAAAUUCUCAUCCAUUUCUCUGGCUGCUGUCCAGUGUACACUUUGGUGCAAGUGCCAUUGAGCUCAGUAGGGCUUGCUUACAAGUAGACAAACUUCUGACUUGGGAGUGCGAUAUGACAAUUUCUACAUAUUGCCUACAUAUUGGCAUUUCCCCUCUUUAAACGACAUGGAAGUGGCAACCAGUAGAAAAUUAUAGACUUAGAUAUGUUUUAAAGUAGAGACUUGCAAAUUUCACAAUUGAUAUAGCCCAUUUUUAGCUUGUGUGUCACUGUUUGUAUAAUAUGUAGAAGAGAAGCUGGAAGCCUGAAUAAUGUUUGGGAAAUCUACCUUCAUUUCCUGGUGUGGGUCCUAGAUGCAAGUUAAUAUACAUUAAGGUUCUGGCUUUCUCUGUACCUCACUUCCAGCUUGCAAAACAUAGAGGGGGGUAAUCUGUUAUUUGCUUACAGAUGGGAUACAAGAUACAUAUGUUUGUCUUAGCAGCUCUACAGAUCAGACAGAAUUCCAUUGUCCCAUCUGCUGGAGACCUCCUGUGCUAAACAUACUUCUAUACUGUUCGUAUUCUUUGUGAUUACAAAUGAUUCCUAACAAAUUUGACUGACCAAUGCUGGUCACUGACCACAAUAAAGAUAUUGAAUGCUUUAUUGACUGACCGAUUUACAAAAUAAAUAGGAGAUGGCUCAUGACGGUUCGAUUAAGAUGAGGUUUACGAGACAACCUUAAUCAUUUCUCACUUUCUCAUGAUGUUAAAACUCAUGGACAUCAACUGAAGCUGAAUGUUUAGGACAAAAAAAAACCCCAAAGUAUUUGUUCACCCAGCGCAUAGGUGUGGAACUCGUUCCCACAAGAGGCAGUGAUGGCUACCAACAUGAUGGACUUUAAGAAAGGAUUAGCCAGAUUCAUGGCCACCAGUGGCAACUAGCUGGGUUGGGUAUGCUCUGUCUCCAUGGUUGGAGGCAGAAUGCUUCUGAAUACCAGUUGCUGAAAACAGCAGGAAACAGAGAGUGCUCCUGCACUCGGGUCCUGCUUGCAGGUUUCCCAAAAGCAUCUGUUUGGCCACAGUGAGAGCAGACUGCUGGACUAGAUGAGCCACUGGCCUGAUCCAGCAGGCUCUUCUUAUGUUCUUAUUACUUGUUUCAUUCUCAACCUCACCGGGCUUUGAGGAUAAAAAGAAGUAGCUUCAUGCACUUGAUCAUUGAAGAAAGGAUGUGACAAAUGAACCACAUUUGUAACUUGAGGUACAGCACCAGGCAUAGCUGGGCUUGCAGUUUUGCUUGAGGCCUCUGGGUGGGGCAAUUAGACAUUUAACACAAACAAUCGUUGUACUUUUAAACACCCAUGUUUUGUUGCUUAUCAUUGACUCAAAUUUAUGUUACUUGAAAUAAACAAUAAAACAAGAAUUCUUGCUGAGUCAAUGAGGGAGUGAAUUCUUUAGGGAACUGGCUGGAUUAUUCACACUUAAGAAUUUGAUAGAUACUGCUCACUCACAUGUAUCUUAUAAGUAUAGCUUAAGACAAAGCCCCCCAUGAUAUUUUUUGCAGAGCAGCUGGUAAAAUGUGGACAAGAUAAGGUGAAUUUGUAGCUAAUUGACUGAUCAAACCCAAAGAGUGCUCACUAACAGUUCAUCAUCAUCCUGGAAAAAUGUGACAAGUGAGGUGCCACAGGGUUCUAUCCUGAGCCCACUUGUUCAACAACUUUAUACAUGACUUAGCUGAAGGUAUUGACAGGGUGCUCAUCAAGUUUGCAGAUGACACCAAACUGGGAAGGGUAGCCAAUGCACUAGAAGACAGAACUGGGAUUCAAGAUGAACUUAAUUGGAGAACACGGCCCACAUUAACAAAAUUAUUUUCAGUAGGGACAAAUGUAAUAACAAACUGCACACAUUUAAGAUGGGGGGUGCCUGGCUUGCCAGUAGAACAUGUGAAAAGGAGCCAGGGGUCUUAGCAGACCACAGACAUAACAUGAGCCAACAGUGUGAUGCUGCAGCAAAAAAUGCAAAUGCUAUUCUAUGCUGAAUCAGAUCAGGGCUAAGUCACUGGUUGACAGGAGUUACUUAGCUUCCCUACCCAACCCCACAUGCCACUUUCCUGAUCUAAAUAUCCUCCCAAGGAGGAACACAUAUGUACCUAUAUGCAUACCUUUUAGGUUUUUCAUUGUAGUAAAAUAUAGCUUCAGGGGAGCAAUAUAGGGCUGGAAAUAAAGUUAAAAUAAAGGGAAAUAAAGUUAAAAUAUAGGGAAAUAAAUAUAGGGCUGGAAAUAAAGUUAAAAUAAGGGAAAUAAAGUUAAAAUCUCCCUCAUCCAUCAUCAAUCUGACCCCCUGGCUUUUGGGGGUUUUUUAAGUGGGAAAUUGAUCUCCAUAUGUAAUGUUUAGUUUAGCUGUAUAGCUGGACAAUGAGGAAGAAAACAUCAGAAAGAGCGGCAGCAAUAAUAAAGUUUGAAUGUGAGCAAAUGCUGUUACAUAGAUAAAGACUUCAUUAUAGUUGUGUGAGAAUUAAAGCAGGGAUGAGGAGCCUAUUGACAGCAAGAUGAUUUUGAACUCCAACUCACAUCAACCCCAGUCAGCAUAACCCAUGUUCAGAGGCGAUAAGAAUAGUAGUCCAACAACAUAUGAAGGGCCACAGGUCUCCAAUCCCUGGACUAAAGGGUUGCACCAAAACCUUCACGGAAAAGGUGAGGUUUGAAGGAAAGUCACAAUAGUGAGGAAAACAAACAGGCUAGGUCUUAGCUGAAGUUCCUCAGAAGACACUUUUCUGAUAAACGUUUUGAGAUUUUUCUCAAAAACUCUCCUAGAACAGGAAGGCCAAUUUGCAGAAUUGUAUCCAAAUGUUCUCCACCAUUAUAAUUAUUUUUUUAAAACCUUUGAUGCUCACUAUUCUCCUUCCAUUGUGUUGCAGACUGAGGCAUUGUGAAAGAUACAAAAUAGAGACCAUGUUGCCAGUACAAUUGGUACUGCUGCUAAAUGAUAGAGACUACUUGUACACAGUUCUAAGAUAUUUGAGGAGAAGAGCCAUUAUCUUCCUCUUCUGGAUAUUCAAAGGUAUACAGCAGUACGUACAUGCUAUGUGUACGACUGCUUGUUAAUCACACACUCGGGAGUUUUCAGACCAGCCUCAAUGACCUUUCAUGCUGAAAGUGUUCACAUAAGAAUUGCAGAGGUUAUAUGACAUCACCUAUUUAUUGAGACUUCACCCUGUCCUUGUAUAAGUUAUGCAACAUUGCCAGCUACUGGUUGUUACCCCACCACCUUCCAGUUCUGUACUGAUGAUUUUUAUGGUUAGAAAAGUGGAAGGAUAAUUGUACUGUACUAGAAAGUUUGUGAUAGCAAUCACUGCGUGCUCAAAAAAAUAGCCAGACCAGAAGGACCCUCUGGGUAUAAUGGGGGCGGGGAGUUUGAAUCAUUUUCUGUGGGGGUUUUAAUUCCUUCUUCAUGAAAAGUUAUGAUACUUAGUUGUGUAAAAAAACAAAAAAAAACAUCUAGGGCAACUGCACUUUUCUCACCUAUGAUUCCAGGCAACUUGUAUUCAGAGGAAUUCCGCCUCAUCCUCCAUCAGUCUGUCCAAUCCUCUUUUAAAUCUCUCCUAGUUUGUGGCCUACAUCUCUUACAUCUUGUGUGAGCAGCAUAGUAUAACCAUGUGCUGUGUGAGGAAGUUGUUGCACCAUUGUGUAUUGGAGAUGGGGUUGCCUCCAAUACGUGUAAGUACCGUAUAAUAUACCAGAUAUCUGCAUAGUUCUACAUUUAUUGAGGGCCACACGCAGAGAGAGCAUUUAUUUCAAAGUGUUGCUCUCAUUCUUGGGAUAUUUGUGCCCUUCCCACAUGGUAACAAUGUUUGCAACUAACCUUUUUAUGUUUAACAAGGGAAAUGCUUUGUUAUGAUGUUAUAUUGCUUUGAUAUCUGUACCCUUCACAAAAGGCAGGAAGUUCCCAACUUCAAUUAAAUUCAGAAAUAGCAACUUUUACAAAAUACUACAAAAAUACAGUGGUUGUGAACUGUUAGCUGGAGAGCAGGAAAAAAACCCUGGACACUGCAAGCAACAACUUUUGUGUUGGAUAUAA